AUGGAAGAGGAAAGAGAAAAGCGUUGUCGUUAUCGUCGGUGGAGAGAUAGAUGCAGGAACACCUUUCGAAGGAAGCAAAGAAUGCCGUCGCAAAUUUCGCACCAAGCCACCGAGUCACGCUGUCCAACUUCGACUGUCCGAGCACGCUCCUUCUUCUCCCCCGUCUAUCUGAACGAACAAUUUGAUUCUUUGCAAAAGUUGAGUGAAGAGGCAACAACAAUGGCAAACGUUUCAAUUCCACUCCCACGAAACGGUUUCUCCAUACCCAAUUACACAACCAAACGCCAAUCUUUCACCCCUUCACUCAGGAUUUCUUGUUCUGGUGUAGCCGAGUCAGAUGGAUCUCAUCAAAAUAUGGGAGGUUUAUUUAGUUUCAAUGCAAUGAAGGGCGUGGCCUGUGGUAUUCUUGCAGCUUGUACUGUUACUUCUGCUGCAUUUCCCGUUACUGCUGCUAACCAGAGACUUCCCCCAUUGUCAACUGAGCCUAAUCGCUGUGAGCGUGCAUUUAUUGGCAACACAAUUGGUCAGGCGAAUGGUGUAUAUGAUAAACCACUAGAUCUCCGGCAAUGUGAUUUCACAAAUGAAAAAUCCAACCUGAAGGGGAAGUCCCUGUCUGCAGCACUCAUGUCAGAUGCUAAGUUUGAUGGUGCUGACAUGUCGGAAGUUAUAAUGUCAAAGGCUUACGCUGCUGGUGCCAGCUUUAAAGGGGUGGACUUCUCAAAUGCAGUCUUGGACCGUGUGAACUUCGAGAAAGCUGAUCUUGAAGGAGCUGUAUUUAGGAACACAGUGUUAUCGGGCUCCACCUUUAAUGAAGCUAAGCUGGACAAGGCAGUUUUCGAGGACACUAUUAUUGGUUACAUUGACCUCCAGAAACUAUGCACAAAUAAGUCCAUCGGUGAUGAAGGGAGAGCUGAACUAGGAUGUCGAUGA